AGCAAGAGUAGUACCAACUUCCAUGGUUACAGCCGCGCCCCCUGAUUCCUCAAUGUUAGGAAAGACCGAUGACAAUCUGUGUGACGUACACUGAGGUAUACUUCACUCCAUACAUCAAUUCUUCUAAAAGAAAAAAAUCAUGUAAUUGACUGGUACUGGAAUAACUAUCUGGAACGAUCGCUCACUCGUCAUUUGGAUAGUUGGGGAAUACACACCUAGGCAGCCAGAAGAACACUCGUUUCACACCCACUUACAAAUUCAACUCAUCUGCCACGUAUAACUUGAGAAUCGCAGAAUCGAAGAUGGUUUCGUUCACUUUAUUAAGUCUUGUUGUCGUUCAGGUUUUCAACGACGUUGCGUUUGCCCGACGUUUUUUCAGGGUCCCAGCGCCACCGUUUCCCAACAUUACCAACUUUGUCAACAUCACCAACUUUGCCAAUUUCACCGACAAAUUCGACGCCGAUACCCAAUGUAUCCCAUUCGAAGAUCCGCAUUGUUGUGUCGAUUUCCCCGUCUGCGAAUGCCGGAAUGGUAUAAUCUCUAGCACCUGAAAGGCUUCCUCGAGUCGAAAGCUAACCGGGUAUUGAUUAUAGGAACGUUCUUCAAUGUGAACCCAAGACGACUCAACGGAACCGAUCUCUUUUGUGUGCCUCCGGGUAACGUGACCUUUGGACAAGAUACCAGCAGUAUUCCGGGUUGGUGUUGCUAGAAAGAAAUUAAAAGAGACGGCUCUAUUUCUUGGGAUACUGCAUGCUUAAAUAUUUGAAUGUUGCAGUACGAGGACAGUG